AGGCUAAGUGACUUACAAGAUAACACUCCCACAACCCCUCAUUAUAACUCCCAGAGAUAAGAGAGAAGUAGAGAGACACACAACCAAGAAAACAAAGGAAAGAGCAAGCUGUCCGCAGGGUGAAAUUCCAGUGCGUAAGGUUACUUGUUUGCUUCAUAUCUCGUGCAAUACUCAACCAAAUAAUGAGUGUGAGGUGCCCAGAGAAAGAUCUCAAGAAGAGGAAUCCAUCAAGGUCUGGUUUGGAUCAAUCUGAGUAGUGAAAGGCUUCCAAAUCCUUGGAAGAAAACACAACCUCGCAGAAAACGGAUUUGCUCCUCUAAAGAAACGAGUCGCCGGAAAACACCCAUUCCAGGGGCUGUUUUCGUAUCAAUGAUUAGAGGUUGAGAUAGCACUUUGGGAAGGCUGUUUAAAACUCAUUUCUAAGCAAGGAAUCAGUUCUUCAUCCACCUUGAUCGAAGCUUUGACCAUUGGAUCGAGAAGGAAAGGUUUAAAGCUCAUUUGAGGUGAGGAUGACCGACUAUAUAGCUUAUAAUUGUUGGGUUAAUUUCAUAAGAUUACCUAAAUGAAUUAAAUGUGUUGGCAUGGAUUAUUAAUGAUUAAUAAUGGCUAAAAAAAAUUAUUAUUGGGUAAGAAAAGAAUGCAUAAUAUACAAAUUUAGGAAUCAAUUAUGUAUGAUUAUGUGUUAUAAAUAUGAUGGCAUGAUGGUUGCUCUCACCAUAAAGUUUAUUGUGAUUAACGUACUUUUACUUCAUGUAAAGAAGUCAUGAAGGGAUAAAGUGACAUGUUGAUAUUAGAGACAACUUAUACUUGGAUGCAGAAUUAAAUUGAAAUGAACAAAUAACUAUGAAUUAAGAAUUCGGUUGUGCUAAGGUCAAUUGACUAGUAUUGAAAUACUAGUCGGAAGGAUAGUUCGAAUAAUCGAAGAACUAAUCCUAAGAUAUUAAAUUUGUGAUGAGUAUGCCCUAAGUGACCAUAAGGGGAUAAUUUAAGAUGGACUUUAUGAGCUCCAAGUAACAUUAGGAGUAGGCCUUAAGGGCUACUCAAAAUGGAUUGAGUCUAGACUAAGAAAUUGUUUAGAGAUUAGAUAACGUGACUAUUAGCCGAGCUCUAGCACGUGGUAGUGUGACUAUGAGCCGAGCUCUACCACAAUGUAGUAUGACUAUGAUCCGAGCUCUAGCAAAACGUAGUAUGACUAUGAGCCGAGCUCUAGCAAAGUGUAGUAUGACUAUGAGUCGAGCUCUAGCAAAAAUGUAGAAAGACUAUGAACCGAGCUCUAGCAAAAUGUAGUAUGACUAUGAGCCGAGCUCUAUCACAAAUUUGUAUGACUAUGAGCCGAGCUCUAGCAUGAAGGAACGUGGGUUAACUAUGAAAUAAUAACAUCCUAGAUUGAGGGUCUUGGAAAUUGAAACUUUGAUUAUACUUAGUAUAGUUGUCAUUGCUCUUGUCAAAUGCUUCCAAGUACUGACCUCCCCUUCACGGGGGAGGCCACCUCACAGUUUCAGGUAGAACUUGAAGGUUGCUACUAUCGCCCAUUUGCUUCGGGAAGAUCAAGGAGAGAAGACGUGGUUCGUGCUUCCUCCAUUUUUGUUUUAAAAAUAAUUAUAUUAAUGCUCAUGGAUAAUAUUUUUCUGAAUAAUUAUUUGGGGGCUUGUAUGCCCAUGUUUGCCAAAUGUGGCUUGAAGAUUUGUUAUAUUACUUCCGCUGCUUUAAAUGAAUAUCUUACAUUAUGUUUGUUUAUGGAUGUACUAUGUGUGAAUGAUAUUCCAGACGCC